GUGUGCGUUUCAGAGAAAUUUGUAUAUCCUCCUUGCGUAACAGAACGAACUGACCAGAAUGGACUCAGCCGACUCCAAAGGACUUCGGGACGCCCUAUCACUCCGGGGCGUGAUGAUCCAACAACCUCAGUAUCCCCUUAAACGUGAAGCUGUUGAAGACGGAGAUCCUCACAAUCUCUCACACGAUUGUUUGGCGGAAUUAGAACUCACCUGCACACCACGACCUGACCUCAGUGAUGUGCCCCUAUUCGAUCCAGAUCUGGAGCUCUACGUAGAUGGCUCUGCCUCUCGUGACUCUACUGGCAAAAAUAGGGUUGGUUUCGCUGUCGUCACUGCAGUUGAUGUGUUGUGUUCUGGUUCUCUUCCCCCUAACUAUUCUGCCCAAGGUGCAGAACUCGUUGCCCUGACUGAAGCGUGCCGCUCCGCCGCAGGUCAGGCUGUGAACAUUUACACCGACUCUCUUUACGCUUUCGGUGUUGUCCAUGAUUUUGGUGCGUUAUGGAAACAUAGAAAGUUUCUCAAAUCUGAUGGUAAGCCCAUUCUGAAUUCCAAAUUGGUUGCUGUGCUACUAGAGAACAUUUUAUUGCACUCCCGAAUUGCUGUAUGCAAAUGUACUGCUCACACCCAGGGCAUUGACCCCAUUUCGCAAGGUAAUGCAUGUGCCGACGCCGCUGCUAAAUUGGCUGCUAUGAGAUCAGAUGUAUAUGGUUCACUCAGACAGCUCCCACCCAACUGCCCGCGCACGUUUUCGCGUCUCUAAACGACAUGCAAAAGCAUGUCAUGGACCGUGAAAAAGCUGUGUGGCGCUCCUGUGGUGCCUCUUUCACUCAAGACACAGGUGUGUGGAUGAGUCCCGAGGGUCUACCACGUCUCCCUAAACAUUUCUUUUCCCAUUAUGCUAAGUUGACACAUGGGUUAGACCAUGUGUCAAAAGGGGAUGUUUGAUGCUGUUAAAACUUUUUGGUUCGCCAAAGGUUUCACCAUGGCUGCAGAGAAGCACUGCCACGCAUGCGUUAUCUGUCUGACUCAAAACCUGCCUGUACGACCAAUGGCAUUGAGAGAAACAGAACAGUUCUGUGCAUUUUUAUUAUUAACCGAUCCUGUGAAAGGAGGCAACUCCUGGUGGUUCGCAAAAGAGUCACUACCUGCACUAUGUGUGUUUAUGUCCAAUGCCACCCUUCGAGCCACAAAUGCAUCUCAGCUAAAACCAAGUACGUUUGAAAUGUAUGCACCAGUAGCAAGCGUUCACCCUAGCUUCCUACAGAAUUUGACUCAUGUCCUAUGCAUAAUCCGUAGGAAGAGCCAUGUAGGCAUGUUUUUAGGGACUACAAAGAAUUGUCAACGGAUCCUAAACGGUACCUGUGGUCCCGGAAAAUUCAACAAAACAGUAUGUGUACUAGCUAAUAUCCCAAAUCGCAUAAACUCCUCUAUGGCGUUUCCCUCUGUCACACACACCUCAACACUCCUAGCCUGGCCUUCUGAUGCCGGAGCAGGAGCCCCAUAAAAUUACGUCUGGCUAUGCGGACAUAAAUUGUACCAGACUUUGGCACUAGUAUGGACUGGCACAUGCACUCUAGUAGAUCUGAUACCAGCGGUCACCAUUUUAGAUUCUUUAU